CUGUUUGUGCGUUUACUGGGUACUAUUUUUACAUAAAAAUUUAGUAGAUAACUCAAAUAUUCUAAUGAACAUUGGGUACAUAAAGUAGCAGAAAAAAUUAGUUUAUUUGUUGUAAUGUAUUGAUUUGAAAUUACUUUUUGUGGAAAAACACUUAGUUUUCAUUUUAUAAAAACAAAAGGCAAAAGUUACCACAGCUGAACUGUAUAAUAUAUGAAAAUUAAAAGUAUAAUUAUUACAUAAGUGUAAUAACAAUAUUUACAACCUGAAAGAGCGUCAUUUAUGUAUAAGUUAAAGGUUGAACUUUGAUAACAAAAGUGCACAACUAAAAAAGUUGUGUCAAAAAAGUAAGCCUGCUUAGACACCUUAAUAUCAGAAUUUAACAUCCAACUGGGAAUGCUAUCGGCAUUUACUAUUGGGAAUUACAUAUAUUUAUAAGAACUUAUGAAUAAUAAAAUAUCAAACAGUAAACAAACUAUUGAACAAUGAGCAAUAUUUAUAUUCAGGAACCACCAACUUCGGGAAAGGUUCUCCUCAAGACUACUGUUGGCGACAUAGAUAUAGAACUAUGGUCUCGAGAAUGUCCCAAAGCAUGCCGCAACUUUAUACAACUUUGUAUGGAAGGAUACUACAAUGGCACAAUUUUUCAUCGCGUUGUUAAAGGUUUCAUUGUACAAGGUGGUGAUCCCAUUGGCGAUGGAACUGGUGGAGAAUCUAUUUACGGUCAUACAUUUAAAGAUGAGUUUCAUUCUCGUCUACGUUAUGCGCGUCGUGGACUUGUUGGAAUGGCGAAUGCCGAUAAGGAUGAUAAUGGCUCACAGUUUUUCUUCACAUUGGCCGCCACACCCGAGCUUCAAAACAAAAACACCCUUUUCGGCAAAGUAACCGGUCAUACUUUGUACAAUAUGCUAAAACUGGAGGAGGGUUUAGUGGAUCAUAAUGAACGUCCAAUGUAUCCCCAAAAGAUAUUGGGUACUGAAAUAUUAAGCAAUCCCUUUGAGGAUAUAGUUCCACGAAAACUAGCAAAAGAGAUCAAAAAAGAGAAGACUAAAAAACGUGAAAAGGGUGUCAAAAAUUUUGGUUUACUUUCAUUUGGUGAAGAGGCGGAGGAAGAUGAAGAAGAAACUAAUCAGUUUGUACAAAAAAAUGCGGGAAAGGCAAAAUCAAUGCACGAUGUGGUAGAUGAUCCCAAACUCAGCAGAGAUGCUUUACGUAUCGAAGAUACCAACAUAAGGUCGGAUGAUGAGGAGAUGUUAGAAGAGGAACGCAGACUAGCAUGUGUCAAAAAAGAACCAUUCGAUAAUGAUGAUAUAGAGGAGCGUCGGCAGCGAAUCAAAGAUAAAUUGCAUCUAAAGGCAAAUGAGGCAAAAAAUAUAAUUAAGACGGAGACAAUUGUAAUAAAGGAGGAAGUGUCUGACUCCGAUGAAGAUGUUCUUUUGACACAGGAGCAGGAGCAAAAAAUAAAAAGCGAAUUGAAGAGGAAUGAAAUUCGACAGGAAAUUCAAAACCUGAAGAAACAAUAUCAAACCGAAAAACGUCAAAGAGAAAAUUUGAGUGAUAAAAAACCUGAAAAGAGUAAAACUGGCGAAUUGAAUGCUAGCGCCGCUGAAGAUAAUGAAUUCAUAAAAAGUUUUGUCGAUGAAAAAGUGAAAUACAGUAGCUUAAAUUCAAAAAUACCAAAAAAGGGUGCCAGUCGGGAGGAUUUUACUUUAAGCUUACUGUCGAAAUUCCGAAAUAAAUUGGAUGCACUUAAACAGAAGCAAUCUGAAUCGAAUGAAGCCAAUGAGUCUUUAGAUGAUGGAACCGUAGAGAAAGAAAUUCAAGGAGACGAUUGGCUGGCGCACACAUUGAAGUUCGAAGAAGCCAUACCCAUAUUGGCGAAGGAUGCGUCCACGAAGGGUGACGAUUGGUACGACGCAUAUGAUCCUAGAAAUCCGCUUAACAAACGUAAAAGAGGAGAAGGUUCUAGAAGUGGAGGAAGUAGUAGUAAAAGUUCUAAACGACAUUAGUGAAAAUUUGAAAUACAUACAUAUAUUUAUUUUGAUAUCAAUAUAUAAAAAUUGGAAGUAAAAAAGGUACGUUAUUAUGGAAUUUUAUUAAUCUUCUCAAAA